UUGCUCGAGAGGAAUCAAGCUCUUAGUGCAUUGAAUGCUUGGAGACCGAUGACUAUCCCUAUGUCACAGUGGUUUCGACUCACUCAAUCAUAUGCACUUCAACAUACAGCGCAUGCUGCUUUCGCCUAUUCUUUGGGAGUGCUUGCAGGAUAUGUUUCGAUCACACACUUGCACACAGGGUGAGGACAGGCUGUACAGAGAGCUCACAGAGAGUGAUGCAACCUGGGAGCUGCUGAUGUGAUGAAAAAUAAAGCCAAAGAAAAGCCAGCCAGUGAACUGAACAGGAGUGGGGACAUGGAGUAACAGUGUCUGACUAUACACAGCCACAGAUAGAGCUCAAUGUGUUGCCAUACACCAUGGUGGAUUCUGUCUGACACAGUGUAAGGUACCCAGAGAUGUGCGAUUCCAGAUAGCGCUUGAUGUCUUCACAAAGGGCCCUAUAGCAGGUGCAUCGACAGUGUUGGAUUCACUGACUGUCACUGCAUGGAUGAAGACCGAUAGAUGGCAUUGGAUUCACUAAGCAAAGAGUGUCAGAUGAACACGGCCUAAAUAGCACUGGAUGCACCCUUACAGUUGGCAGUGGAUGAGCACGGACAGAUAGCAUUGGGAUCGGCUGAUACAGACGGAGAACGCUAGAGCUAGAUGAGCUACUGCAGAUAGCAGUGUAGAUCCACUGUUAGCGAGCUAGCGCAGGCAGGGAGUUGGAGUGGGAGGCAUAGCACCAUGAACCCCAGAGAGAGCGGAGGAGGAGUGGAGGACAUGGAGACCCAGGCGGGAGGGUUGGCGUUGGGGGAAGAGGGUGGCAAGGCCAGCCAUGGAGGAGAUGGAGAAGAGGGGGAAGAAGACAAGGCCUCAGCCUACGACUGCAGCGUGUGUGGCCGCAGCUUCCCCUUCCAGAGCUCUCUGUCGCAGCACAUGCGGCGCCACACAGGCGCACGCCCCUACAAGUGUCCCUACUGCGACCACCGCGCCUCCCAGAAGGGCAACCUCAAGGUCCACAUCCGCAGCCACAAACUGCGCACACUCACUAGCCACCACCCCGAGGAGGAGGAGGGGCCAGAGGAGGAAGAGGAGGGUGAAGUGGGUGUGUCCGAGGGCCUGGACGGUGGAACCAGUCCGACGAAGAGCAGCUCGGCCUGUAACAGGGUCGUCAACGGAGACGCUAACACAGAAGAGGGCAUAGGGAAGACGGCAGUGAGGAGCGUCAAAAGGGAGAAGUGCAGCUCUGAGCAGCGGCCAUAUUGCUGCCGUCUGUGCGGGUACCAGACCCAGCGGGAGGACCAACUCCUCAGUCACAUCGAGAAGGUCCACAUCACAGCCGACAUGGAGGACGAGACUAACCCAGUGAGUCAGGAGGCAGUGGCAACGGAGGGAGAAGCAGGGACUCAGGUCACUGAUGGUGCCUUCCCCUGUGAGACGUGUGGCCAGGUGUUCACACAGGCCUGGUUCCUUAAGUCCCACAUGAAGAAACACGCAGGCCUCCUUGAGCACUGUUGUCGGGUGUGUGGCCGUCGCUUCAGGGAAGCCUGGUUCCUCAAGAGCCACAUGAAGACCCACAAUGGUUCCAAGGCCUCCGGCCGGGGGAAACCCAAGGCAGACUCUCAAGAGGCCGCGGCCACCAUCAACGACGUGACCCAAGAGCCAGAGACCAAUGUGACCUCCACAAGCCUUUACCAGGUUUGCUCCAAGUGUGGCAACCUGUUUCAUGACCGAGAGAGCCUGAGGGCCCACGAGAAGGUCCACAACCAGGCUAAGCAGCCGACACAGGGCCAGAGACCUAGUGACGACGGGGACUCUCCCAGUGCCAAAAGGCGCCUCUUGGACUACCUCAGCCUCCGCCCAGCUGCCGAAGAAAAGCCCCAGGAAGAGAAGAGGCGCUUGGGCCAGAGAAUCCCCGAGCUGGACCCAGUUUGUAGCUACCAGGCCUGGCAGCUGGCUACUCGGGGCAGGGUUCUGGAGCCUGUGGAGUCACACAGUAUAAAAGCUACGGUAGGUGGAGAAGGGGACGAGGCCCUGGCUGGAGGGACCGUGGUGUACGAGAAGGAGAGCAGCCGCUACAUCCUGGAGGGUCAGCAGAGGGAGAGACGCUCAGGGAGACGCAGCAGCGCCAGCGGGGGAGGGGGUAGUAGCCACCACACCUCCCCGGGGGAGCGCACCCCCGAGAGCCUGAGCGACUCGGAGUACCGUCCUUCCUCCCGCCAGGGCCGACGUCCCUCGUCCUUCCAGCAGAGCCAGGCCAAGUCCACCGAGUGCUUCGAGUGCGGAAAGGUGUUCCGCAGCCGCCACCAGAUGAUUGUGCACCAGCGGGUCCACCAGAGGCGAGACGGGGGCAGGGGUUCCGGGUCCGGAGGGGACAACAGGGCAGGGCAAGGAGUGGACCGCUGGGGAUCCACCAGUGACCCUGAAUCAGGCUCCCCCAGCAGGCCCAGCACCCCAGGGUACGGGAACUCACCACCAGCCUCCACCCUAGGAGAGGACGCCCCUGAGAUGAGCACCGCCAAUGCAGUCCAACUGGCAGAUGAGAAGCCUUACGUCUGCAGCCUGUGUGACUUUGUCAGCACAGAGUCCUCUGCCUUCCUCUCCCAUCUACGUCUCCAGCACACCUGUGACGGCCGCCCCAUUCCAAUUCCCAACCCCAGCUCCAGCUCUGAGAGAGGCACCCCCAGUAGCUUCCCCAAGCUGAAGAGGGCCCUCCUCGAUGGGCUUGCUCAAUCCUCUGCCCCCCACCCUUACCUCUCUGCCCGGCCGUCAAGAGACAAAUGCACCGCCGAGAGCAGUUCACCCACUGACCCUCACCAUGUGGCUCCUCUGGACCUGUGUGUGAGAGCCGAGGGUCACAGGGGCCCGGCCUCCUCAGCCCUUCAGCAGAAGGGCCUGCCCAGUCAUAAGUGCUCCUACUGCUCCCACUCCACCCACUACCUGGAGGUGCUGUGGAUGCACCAGACUGUCGCCCAUCGUAUCAACAGCAGCGCCCUGGCCCCCAAAUGGGCCCUCCUGAAGAAUGGCUUCAAGGGCCCCCGAGAGGGUUUGUCCUCCAGGAGACGCACGGGCCCUCCUCCUGCUCUGGAUGGGAGGGAGUGUCCCCCGUUGCCCCCUGUGGUGCGCACCCCCCGCACACGCCCCCCAUCGUUGAAUGGGGGCCAGAAGAAAGACGGCAGGGACAGGGCAGCCAGUCAACCCAGCACCUCUUCCUCCUCCACACAAGGAUCCUCCUCCUCUGCCUCAGGCUCCCAGAGUGUGCGGCCUCCCAGGGCAGGCAGCAGACAGAGAAGCGAGGCUGUGCCGGAUCAGGGCCACCGCUCUCGCUCCAACUCCAGGCCCAGGGUGGAGAUCUACCCACGGGGAGGCACCUCGACCGGCUCCCUGGAGAAGAGCACUGCGGCCGGGGCUCCCCAGCGACCCUCAGCCCCUAGCCCCAGUGUUGGAGGAACCACCAGGUUGGUGGAUAGGUACAUGUUGCCUCAGGAAGGCCUUGGAUUCAUGCUGUCCAGCAAACAUGGCCUGGCAGAGUACAGCAGAGCCAGGAGCUCGCCUCAGCCCCAGCCCAAGUCCAGCAGCUCCCAGUCCCACACCCAGUCUCACCCCCAGUCCCAGGGCAGACCCAGGGCAGAGCGCUCAGCCCACAACACCACCACGGCAGGCCAGGGCUACGGAGCCUCCCACUCCCAGACACUAGGGAGCGCCGUCCAGGUAUCCUCCGCCUCUUCCUCCUACUCCUCCUCAGCCCAGCAUGCCGAGGUGAAACAGGAGGAGGCACGGAGGGGGGAGACACCAGAGCUGCCCAUGGACAUCUUGAGCUUCCUGAAGAACUGCAACUCCAAUGACCUGGCGACACUCUACCACCGCUGGGGCGCCGCCAACCCCCUACUGGACCCCACAGGGAUGCUGAGGUCUCUGGUUCGACAAGGGGAAUACGGCUGUCAAGAGUGUGGGAAGAGCUUCAGUCAGCCCAGUCACCUCCGCACACACAUGAGAUCCCACACAGUCGUGUUUGAUUAUAACGGACUCCGAGGUGCUGACGCUCAAACCAACCCCUCGGAAGCUCCCAAACAAGGGAGAGACCGUUCCGGUGCCGCCUCUGCCCGUACCGAGCCUCUCAGAAAGGGAACCUAAAGACCCAUGUCCAGAGUGUCCACCACGUGCAUUUCGACAAUGCCCAGUACCCUGAUUACAGACCACCGGGACUGGGCCCCGAGCAGGAGGAGGAGCAGGUUCGGGGUGGUGGUUCUCACCACCUAAUAACAGACCCACCAACGUGACAUCCCCAGGGCCUAAGAUAGAGAUAGAGACUCCAUCCAUAUUCCCAGCCCCUCCCCAAAGACAGCUGAGAGACCUGAGAGAUGUGUCAGAGACACCACCUGACAGAGUGACAUCAGAAUGAACUCACCCCUAUUGCCCUUUUAGAUGAAAUAUUACCAGGACUAUUUGAAAUGUGUUUAAAAAUAAGAAAUAAAAGGAUUUCUUGGAAAGAGAAGAAAAAUCGGACACAACCAAAUGCUGUUUUGUUUCCUCUGUGGACCCAUGGGCAAGGAUGGCAUAGUGCCAUAGUGACGUUCCUAUAGCUUUCCAUUCUCCUAUUUUUCCCCAUUUGAUUUAGAUUGUGAUGAAAUGGUUUUGUGCAUUCCUCAGGACACUGAUCCCUUAAUAACACACGGCAGAAUGGAGCAGCCAAGUUGGUGAUGUUUACACUGACUGAACUGAACUCACUUAGCUAACCCUCCGUUUGCAGCUAACUUGACAAGCUCAAGACGGUGUGUGUGUGUGUGUGUGUGUGCGUGUGCGUGUGUGUGUUCUAUCCUCUCGAGCACCACUAUGAUGAGUCCAGUAUGAGUGGCUGUAUUGAAGUGACCACUACACGAUCUGACUCCGAGGCUGUUUGGCCGGUCAUUAAAGAGAGAGAACACGAGAGAGAGUGAGAGAGGGAAGGAGAGAGGGCUAAUGACAGUGUGAGAGGAGGUGCCUGCUUUGCUGCUCAUUAAAAAGAGUCUGUGCUUUAAAUGGGGGGUAUAAACGAGCGUGCGGUUUUCGUUCAAUUAUUGGGAGGAGAAGAAGAGGCCGUUUUCUGAUCCCUCUGAUCCGAGCGCAGUCCUCCUCCCACACCCACACCUCCAACCUCAAAUUAGACCCACUUACUGAAACCUCUUAGCAGGAAUAAAGUGGUCGGACUGUGGUUCAAGUUGCCCUUACUCUCUUUUCUACUUCAGAGUACACUCCUAAAAGCUAGUCCUCACAGCAGUAGGUUUUUUGGGGGGUUGAGAGGUCAGGCGUCUAGAGCUUUCAGGGAGCAUUGCUGGAGACAGUGUUUUGUUUCUGAUGGCUGCGGAGCCGUCGCAGGGUUGGUGUGUGUGUGUGUGUGUGUGUGUGCGUGUGUGUGUUUUGCCCCUCCUUGAUUACCUCUGCGUAUUAGACUCCCUUUAGACGCUUUGCAUACUACCUCCUUUGCAAUAAAAGCUUGUUUUGGUUUUUGUACAGCCAGGUAUGAAGUGAGGACCAAAGCCAUGCUUGUAUACUGUAUAUACGAUAUAAGGAGAGGCUUCACUGUAACCACAUGUGUGAUGUUUUUCUCAAAGUUGCAUUCACCCUCAUAAAACGCCUCCUGGAUUCAUAGCCAUGCCUAUGACUAUUGGAUUACCUGUUUGUUAGGGCAGACACCAAAAAAAAACACUUUUUGCAACGGAAAACAAAAAUGAGCAUUUCUGAUUGGACAAAUCCAGAAGGGCCCUCCCCGUUUCAGUCCACCUUCUUCCGUUGGGUGCCUAAUGAACACCACCCAGGUGAGGUGAAGCUCUUAAUAAGUUAGUAAUUCUUGUUUUGGUGGGAUGGGAUGUCAACAUGUUUGUUCAGACAAGCAAGACUAUUGGUCAGACAGUCUUUUUGAGCAAGCGUUGUGUACACGCAAGGCCACGCGCACUGUACAAGACACUGCAAAUGGCAAAGUGUGAGACAGAUAGAAGUGAAUUAUCAGCUGUUUAGAACUAAAAGAACGACAAAAAAUUGGGUGGGGAUUCAAAGAUAUGGAAUUAUUGUCAUGGGAUAUAAUACUGUCUACUUUGAGACCUCGGUAGUAGUUUUUACAUGAACACAAGAUGAAACCAUUUCUGUGUCAGUUACUUUAUAUGGUUGGUUGAAUAUGCAUACAACAGUGUGCUUGCGUAUACCUACACAUACUGUACGUGUAUAUUAAAGAUGAGAAUAGUCAAAUACUUGAAACGGAUAAUAUAGCCUAUCAAGUAGUGUCCUUCAUAAUUAGUGCCCUUAAAUACUGUUGUACAGAAUGACCCUUUAAGAUGUACUCCUAAAAUACACAUUUGUACUCCUAAGUGUGACUUAGCAGAUAUGAGCAGACCACCGCGGGAGUGAGAGAGUGAGCAUUUGUGCGUGUGUGUGUAUGUAAAGUGUGUGUGUCUGUAUUAUAAUCUUACCGAACCCGUUACAGCGUUAGAUACCAAAUGGCAUUUCCGGUGCACUUAGUUAGGUUAGUGCUUUAACCCGUUAUAACUGUCUUCUGUCUUGUUCUAUUAUUAUAGACAUCCAUGAUUCAUUUAAUAUCAUUUGCUAUGUGUGUUGUUUUUGUUUAGGCGUUUGUUUAUUUGAUUACACUGCUCAGUUCAGUUUUCGAAUGGAGAACGAUAGGCGCAUAAAUAUGUUUCAUAAAGAGCGUGUUUUUAUUAGUUUCUCUCUCUUUGCUAAAAAAAAUAAAAAGUAGAAUUUCUUCUGUAGAUAGCCAUGGUUACCCUCCCGAAGAACGUGGUGGAAGUCAUUAUUUCUAUUUGGUUGGGGUUUUAACAAUGUCUCCAAGUUGUGUGUGUGUGUUUGCUUUUUAUUUGUAAUUAACUACAUUGUAAUUGUUCCGUAGAUGACAUUAUUUGGAAAGUAUUUGGUUGACAUCCGUAUUUAUUAGUUACAAUGAUCAGAGCAGAAGCAGACAAGGACUCGUUUUAUUUGAUUAUUUUCAAAUGUGUUUUUAUACUUUGUUUUCACUGUCCCCGAUGUGAAAGCUCUACCUCGUCUGAGACCUUCUCGGUUCUGUUAAAGUUGUGUACAUCGGUUGCAGAAAAUGUAAAGUCAUCAUGUCCACAUUAAAUACACAAAUAUGGCACCAUUCAACCGGUUUCAUCAGUCUCCCCUUGCUUGCAUGUGAUAGAAUGAGCAGCAUCCUGUUGGGAUCUGAUGGAAUACUGUCGGCUCCUGAUGCAGUAGGGGAGGGUGGGGUAAGUUGUGCUAUUUUUUUGUUGUUGUUGAAUAUUCAGGAUCACUCCGUCAAGGGAAAUAUAGUAUUCUUUCUAACAAAGAUAUCUACAUAUAUUUCAGGAUGUUGUGUGUCUCUGGAAAUAAUCUGAAUUCAUGUUACCAUUACAGUUUUGAAAAUAUAGCUCGUCCAAUAAAGUGGUCUCUUGGCACAA